AUGUCUACAGAGACAGACGAUGUAUCGGACAGGAAGAGAUCCCAAGUGGCGACAUACUUGAAAAAGUUCAUUCCCACCAAGCAGGGCCUCGGCAAGGUCUUCUCAUACACCCGACUUCUCUUCUCGCUCGACUACACAAAGAUCGAUGUCCUGCUCAUCAUAACGGCCGUCUUUUUCGCCGUUGCCGCAGGAAUCCCCUUCCCACUACUCGGAAUCGUCUUCGGUGAACUAAUAAACGAUCUAAACACGGCUACCUGCGGCCCGUACGAUACAUCAAAUACUGGGGUCACAGACUCAGUGCGCACAAAAGUCCUCUAUGUGAUCUAUAUCACAAUCGCCAAUUUCUGCUUUAUCUACAUUCACUGCAGCUGCUGGAGCUUGAUCAGUGAACGCAUUGCCCGUCGAUAUCGUCGUCGUUACUUCGAAAGUGUGAUUAGACAAGAAACUGGUUAUAUCGAGAGCUUACCAGCCGGAGAUGUCGUUUCCAGACUCGUGGGUGAUAUCGAAGUCGUGCAAUCGGGCACCUCGGAGAAAGUCGGUUUGGUGAUUUCCACCGUGUCAUACUUCGUGACCUCGUAUAUCGUUGCGUUCAUCAAGGUCCCGCAGAUUGCGGGCAUGCUCAUCUCGGUGGUUCCUUGCUUUUUUCUUAUGACUUUUGUCGGAGGGUACUAUAUCAAGAAAUAUGGAGGGCGUAUUAGCCAGCGUUCUAAUUCUGCGACUUCUAUUGCUUCUUCGAGUUUGUCACAUCUGAUGCUUGUGCAUGCUUUCAACGCACAUGAUCGAUUGGAGAAAUUGUUUGCGGAUUACCUCUCUGAGUCUCGGAUGGAUGCUCUCAAGAAGGCUGCAACCCAUGCUUGCCAAUUGGGCUUUCUCUACUUUGUUGCUUACAGCGCUAAUGCUUUGGCCUUCUGGGAAGGUGCCCGUUUGAUUGCGGACUCAGUGGAAGCUGGUGGCACGGGAGUGUCAGUGGGUGCGGUAUACACGGUUAUUUUCGUCUUGAUUGAUGCUUCCUUCAUUCUCAGUCAAGUUGCGCCAUUUGUUCAUGUCUUUGCUUCUGCCGCCGGUGCCGCUGAUAGACUACUAGAAGUCAUCCAUCGGCAAUCAAACAUUGAUGGGACAUCCGAUUCAGGGGAUAAGUCUGCACCUUUCAAUUCCGAAGACAUCAAAUUCCGAGAUGUGCAUUUCACAUACCCGUCUCGCCCGGAGGUGCCUGUUCUCGAAGGCGUCGACUUUAUCAUUUCGCCUCGGAAACAUACUGCGAUUGUUGGUCCAUCUGGUGGAGGAAAGUCAACUAUUGUGGCCCUUUUGGAGCGUUUCUAUGAUCCCUUGUCCGGAGAAAUUUCCAUUGGAAACCAAAACUUCCGUGAUCUAAAUGUGAAGUACUUGAGGGGCAACAUUGGCUUUGUGCAGCAAGAGCCAUCGUUGCUGGACCGCUCGAUUCUGGAGAACAUCGCCUACGGAAUUGUUACUUCUGCAGCUGAACAUCACCAAUCCUUGGCUCCCUUCAUCUUCGAUUCAACUCUCCCUGACCUCGUCGCCCAGCUUCGCACGGGCCUUUCAGAAAAGAAAGCACUUGAAGGGCAUGAUGCUAAAGUAGCCGAAAUCGUGAAUUUAGUACGACAGGCUGCUGCAAGCUCAAAUGCUUUGAGUUUUAUCGACGCAUUACCACAUGGCCUCGCUACAACUACAGGCUCUUCUGGCAGCAUGUUGAGCGGAGGCCAGAAGCAGCGCAUUGCACUAGCUAGAGCUCUAGUGCGAGAACCAAAAUUGCUUAUCCUUGAUGAAGCAACGGCCGCAUUGGAUUCCACCAGUGAACAAUUGAUUCAAGAGGCACUGAGAAAGGUAUCAGAGCGUGUGACUACUGUCUCUAUUGCGCAUCGCCUCGCCACCGCAAAGGAUGCACACAAAAUUGUGGUCAUUCAGAAAGGCAGAGUUGUUGAAGAAGGUCCUCAUGCAGACCUAGUCGCAAAAGGCGGUUCAUACGCCGAGAUGGUCCGCCUUCAGAAUCUUGGAAAAUUGAGCAUCGGUAAACCCAAGCAAGAUCCUAUCCGCCAGACCAGAGAGACGGCCAUUAUCGAGGCAUUUCCAGUGGAUAGCAAGGAGGCCAUUUUGGAUGUGCUUGGUGCGGAUGUCGCAGACGAAACCUUGCCUGCAUACGAGGGUGUUGUCAAAAAGGAGACGAAAAAAGAACAGAAACGACGUGAGAAGGAAGAGCUCAAAGCAAAGAAAAAGCGCAAACGAUCAGGAUGGUUCACCACAAAGUUCACCUGGUCACUCCUCCGCCCAAACAUGCACUUUAUUUUAAUCGGUUUCGCCAUGUCCGUCAUUAUUGGUGGCAGCUAUUCCGCCGAAGCCGUCAUCUUCGGACAUACAGUUGGCGCGUUGAGCCCAUGUGAUGGAGCAAACGGGAUACGAUCAGGCGGGAACUUAUACGGAUUACUAUUCUUUAUCAUGGCUCUGAUCGAGCUAGGUGCGAAUGUGAUCAGUGGUUGCGCAUAUGGCUGGGCAGCUGACAAGAUCUUAUACCGGAUCCGAGUUUUAUCACUGCGAUCUCUGUUGAACCAGACAAUUAAGUGGCAUGGCGAGGAUGAUCGGUCCCCGGGAACUCUCAUCACGUACAUCACGGGUGAUGCAACUGCACUGGGCAGUAUCACUGGAACAACCAUCGGCCUGUUGCUCGCUACUGCUGUCAAUUUGGUAGCUGGUAUGGUGAUUUCAUUUGCUAUUGCGUGGAAGAUCGCUAUCGUUCUUCUACCUACGAUCCCUGUGCUAUUGAUAGCAGGCAUGAUGAAGUUGCGCACCCAGGCCCAGUUUGCUGAAAGACACCAGAAGGCUUUUGCGAAAGCGACGGCCAUCACCGUCGAAGCUGUCCGUAACAUUCGGGCUGUGUCGGCAUUUUCGUUGGAGAAACAAUCCUAUGCAGUCUACGAACGGGCACUCAAGGCUCCAUACCGUGAGACGUUGAAGUCGAUUGCCUUUGGAAAUGUCUUCCUCGCGACAGCUUUUAGUAUUAGCAACCUUGUCUAUGCCCUGGCAUAUUGGUGGGGCACCAGGCAGAUCGUCGCUGGACUAUACUCUCAGACUCAAUUCUUCAUUGUAUUGCCGGCCCUUCUAUUCAGCACCCAGUCUUGUGGGCAGAUGUUUGCCCUUGCGCCGGAUAUCUCCAAGGCUGGUUUGGCUGCAUCUAACAUCGCAGAGCUGCUCACCACUCGAUCUGGUGACGAGGAGUUGAAUUUCGAGACAAAGGGCCAGAAAGUGGAUGUCAAUCUCCUAGAAGAGAAGAUACCCGACCCAGAAGCAGCAUAUUCAGAACAACGUAUGCUCAACUCAACCGAAGCACCUCCAAUGAUGGGUGGUAUUGGUGCUGAGCUCCAAAACGUCCAUUUCGAGUAUCCCUCCCGACCUGGUCAGCCAGUUCUCCGCGGCCUAAGCCUCAGGAUCCAGCCCGGUCAAUUUUGCGCUCUUGUCGGCUCCAGCGGCUCCGGCAAGUCUACAACAUUCGCCAUGCUAGAGCGGUUUUACCGACCAGAAUCGGGCGCAGUGAUAAUUGACGGUGUCAACAUCACCCGACAGCUAGGAACGGUAUUCCGCGACGAAAUAGCACUCGUCCCACAAGAAAACGUCAUGUUCGAAGGCACAGUCGCAUUCAAUAUCGGCCUGGGAGCCCGACCCGGCCACCAACCAACACAAGCCGAGAUCGAAGAAGCAUGCCACAUGGCCAAUGUUCACGAAGUAAUCAUGGCUUUGCCAGAGGGAUAUCAAACGCAAUGCAGUCACGAUGGCAAACAAUUCUCCGGCGGACAGAGACAAAGACUGUCAAUUGCCCGAGCGCUUGUUCGUCGACCGCGAAUGUUACUUCUCGACGAAUCGACUAGUGCGCUGGAUGUUGAGUCCGAGAAGAAGAUCCAAGACGCACUGGCUACACUUGCCGGUCGUACUACUGUUGUUGCUAUUGCGCAUCGGUUGAAUACUAUUCAUCGGGCUGACUGCAUUUAUCUUAUUGAGGAUGGUCGUUGUGUUGAGCAGGGGACCCAUGAUGAACUUGUUCAGGCCAGUGAGUCUUAUCGGACGAAUGUUAUUCAUCAAUCUUUGGAGACUUGA